AACUUGGGUGAGAGUUUUAGUCGGCAAUAUUUUCUUGUUCGCGGUUGUACCAAUUUAUUCUGUGUCGUUGCAAGUCGUCGCUCCCGUACUAAGAAUGGCAAACCGUUUACUCCUCCUGAUUCUUAUUGCCCUUCCCAGCAUCAGCUAUGCUGAAAAGCUUCUUUCGGUAGCCGCAUGCCAGAGAGGAGGAAACUAUGGAACGGGGACUAUAAAGGAAGUUCGUAUCACUCCGUGCCCGGAGGCAUUGCAACGCCGCCCCUGUGUAUUGAAAAAAGGAACCAAUGUUACUAUCGAGGUUGAUUUUACGCCAACUGUCGGCGCGUCCCAAGUCACUGGAAGAGCCUUCUGGGCCAACAGAAUGUUGGAACUCCCCUUGCCAAACAUGAACACCAACGCCUGUGCCACUAUGACUUGCCCGAUCCAGCCGAACGUGAUGCAAACUUAUCGCUACGUUCUUCCCGUCAGUCGAGGAUUCCCUACCCGCCGCUAUGAUGUAAGAUGGAAAUUGACUGCGAGCCCCUUCAAUAUGUGCUUCCAGUUCCCCAUUCAGAUCUUGAACUAAGGAACGAAAAUAUGGAAAUGGCUGUACUAUAUAUAGGAGACUCCACUAAAAGAAUAUGUCAUUCGUUACCUUUCUCAGAUUGGAUAUCUCUAAUGAUAUCGUCAAAUUGAUUCUAGCAUUUAAAUUGCAAUUUUUAAACUUGUACCAAUGGAAACCAUGUCGUUCGUCUCAAGUCUUUUCUGUGGAGGGAAUAACUAUAUAUAUAGGCCUUUUAUAAAUUGCUGUUUUCUCAAUGAUUUUGUAAUCGAACAUUGAAUAAAGACCUGCAGCUCAUUAUAGUCAGAAAUAUGUCUUUUGGUGUAGAAAUGAUUGAUGCUGUUCCAGCAAUACAAUUUUAUAGAGGGAAAAUA